UAUGCAGAAAUCAUUUACUUGUAGCCUACUUGUUUCCCUUCUUUUUGCUGGACUGGCUGCAAUAGCGAAGUUCCCGGCUCUGGGCUGUCUUCAGAAACGUAACCCUUUGACUGCUGCUGCUGGAGCACAGUACUGGCCUGCCACAGGAAAGAUUUCUAUUGUUGGCUCUUCAGGAGAUUAAAAAGGCACCCCGGUCUGACAGCACUGUGUGUAAGGGGGAAGAGAAUUUACGUCUGACUCCACUUUUUGUCACAAAGGCUCUAAAAAAAGUCUGGAUGGAAAUUCUGCAGACAGGCAAAGUGUGAAUAAGAAAACGCGUUAGAGUUGCUCAGCCUUUAAGCUACGUGUGGAUUGUGGGAGCAGCAAAUUUUAGAAGAAUAUUCUUAGGAGGCAUCGGUGGAAGAUUGCACUUUUUCCCUCUGAGCCUGGGCAUUCAGAUGUGACAAUCAGCUCAGGCAGUGAUGAUGAUAUAAGACAGGUACACUACGUAUAGUACAGAGGUCCCCAAUGGUGUUAUUUUACUGAUGAUGAUCGUAAUAUUUAAAAAACAAAUUUUUUUCAAUUUACAGCUGAAAAUAGAUCCCUAAAACGUGACAAGCCUCCAGCUAGAUUUAAAGGUCGAAAGGGGGCUAGAAAGAUGCUCUGAGGGCAUGAGGGGUGAAAUCACACUAUACAAAACAAGGAGGAAAUUAGUUUGCUUGAUAAGGAAAUAAUAUAAAACACAAUCUCGUAGAACUGAUAUUCUUGAAGGAAAUGUCUUCCCCAGAAGAAUGCGAGCGCCAAACAAAAGGUUUUGUGUGCCCCCUUGAGUUGGGUUAUGACUUGCUCAAAUUAUACUUGAAUCGAACAGAAAAGAAAAAUGACAUAAGCAUUUAAAUUUAGAGAGAGACUAUUAGAGGCACGAAGCUAAAAUUAUCAACAAUCGCUGUGAGCGAUCACUCUAAAUAAAAAAGUUUGGAAAGUAGUCACUGCUGACGGCUGAUGAACUUUCCAUGUUUUUGGCACCCUCUGUCCUUUUCUUAAUGGACUAAUCUACAAAUCAAAACGUGAGGAAUAUCUGGUCAGGAAUCCACCCCUGGCUCCUCUUCUUACAAACGAAUAUUGCUUCCAAAUUUUUUUGGGGGGGAGGGGGCACUUGGCUGACAAAAAUGCUAACCGACUAACCAACCCAGCAGGUUUAAAAUUUGGAGUUAAAUAAAAAAAAGGAGUGGGCGGGAGAAAGGCUUAUUAGAAAAGUAUUUCCUUCUGCUUUACUUUUUCACCUGUUUCGUGUGCCCUUUAAUGACUUCUGAACUUGAGUAAGAAUAGCAACACAUGUAAACAGUUUGACCAGGGUGUGUGCGCGCUGGAGAGAGGGUGGACCAUUACAGUGCUAAUGCAUAGCCACUUGAGCUAUAAAAUACUUCUCUUCUGAGAAUCGUAUUUAGAAAUAGAUGUUUAUGAUUUAACAAAGGAAUUCUGUAAAGUGUUCCCUGGUGCUGACACUGUUCUUAAUAGGAGGAGAGCCUGUUAGGAGGGGGAUAAAAUGAUCAACAGGUCUUUUAAAUUGUGCUUCUUUAAAACACACACUGGGGAAAUACCUUUAUGGGGGAUUGUUCGUUUGCAAAUAAAAAAAGAGCUUCCUUCAUUCGCUGACUUUCCUAGCCAGGCGGCAUUAUUGGAAAGGGUAGGUAGCGAAGGCAGAGUGUGGCAAUAAAGGGGUUAAUCCGCAGAGCACAGAGCCAUCUGGCUGAGCUGGUUUGUUAUAAUCGAGCAGAUUAUGUUCACGGGACUCAGAGUUUAAGGCUCCUCUCCCAUAGAGCAACUCUGCACAGCCCAAGCAAACCAACUUUGGGACUUUGAAUGAACAUAUUUACAUCAACCUCUCUCUUCAUGUCGACUUUUCUGGAAACAUUCACACGGAUGCCAUGGUUACUCCUACCACGAUCUUACAGGUGAACAAGGUGAUGUCCUUCUUGUUUUAUGUGAUAUUUCUUGCUUAUCUUCGUGGCAUCCAGUCUACUAACAUGGAUCAAAGGAGUUUGCCAGAAGAUUCAAUAAAUUCUCUCAUUAUUAAACUCAUUCAGGCAGACAUUUUGAAAAACAAGCUCUCCAAGCAGAUGGUAGAUAUUAAGGACAACUAUCAAAACACAGUGCAGAAAACAGAGGCUCAGCAGGAUGUGGAUGGAGUUGAAAAUGUGAAAUCAGACUUCCAGCCAGUUAUCUCAAUGGAUGCAGAACUAUUAAGGCAACAGAAACGCUACAAUUCUCCCCGGGUCCUCUUGAGUGACAAUACCCCUUUGGAACCUCCACCUUUGUAUCUUAUGGAAGAUUAUAUUGGAAAUUCUGUAGUGGUGAACAGAACCUCCAGGAGGAAAAGGUAUGCAGAACAUAAGAGCCAUCGAGGGGAAUAUUCUGUAUGUGACAGUGAAAGUUUAUGGGUCACGGACAAAUCAUCUGCUAUCGACAUUAGAGGACACCAGGUAACUGUGCUAGGAGAAAUUAAAACAGGCAACUCUCCCGUCAAACAAUAUUUUUAUGAAACAAGGUGUAAAGCAGCCAAACCGGUAAAAAAUGGCUGCCGUGGCAUUGAUGAUAAACACUGGAACUCCCAGUGCAAAACAUCCCAAACGUAUGUAAGAGCACUGACUUCGGAAAACAAUAAACUCGUAGGCUGGCGAUGGAUAAGAAUAGACACAUCCUGCGUGUGUGCGUUGUCGAGAAAAAUAGGAAGAACAUAAGUCUGCAUUUCUUUGCUAUAUAAAUUAUUACUUUAAAUUAUAUGAUAUGCAUGUAGCAUAUAAAUGUUUAUAUGGUUUUAUAUAUUAUAAGUUGACCUUAUUUAUUAAACUUCAGCAAACCUACAGUAUAUAAGCUUUCUCUCUCAAUAAAUAGGAGUAAAAAGGCAUGUGCCUCAGCUGUGGGCAGCUGCAGUUUUAUUAGAAUAUGUUUGUGACUCUGCUUGUCAGCAGCAUACCAUAAUCUUACUGUAAAAUCUGUGUAACAUCAGUAUUUUUCAUUCAGUAUUGUCGUCAGUGACUGUCAUUUAGUAAACUUGUUAAAAAUCAGAUAAAUGUCAGAGUUGUGUACCCAUUUCUAUCCCCUGCUAUAUAUUUUCACAAGACAAAGUGGGUGAGGCAAUAUAUUUUAUUGGAGCAACUUCUGCUGGUGAAAAAAGACAAA